UUUUGGCAUGGACAGCUGAGGAAUAUAAAGCCUGAUGGUGACAAAGGGUGAUAAUUCCCUAUUUUUCCACUAUUUACCUCACCAGUUUCAGACUUAGCAAUGGAUAUUCUUUGUGAUGAGGAGAGCUCGGUGAACCCAACUGCAAACUCCUUAAUACAAAUAAAUCAUGAGAGAAGACUCUACAGAAAUGUUCACGGAACUGGAGAGAUUAAUACAUCACAUCUCUUUAACUUGACUGUGGACUCUGAAAACCUAACCAAUCUUUCAUGUGAAAGUAACAUGAGUCCACCGUGCUACUCUUCCCUGUUUCAGCUUUCACAGAACUGGCCAGCUUUGCUGACAGUGAUAGUGAUUGUUUUAACCAUUGCUGGAAAUAUUCUUGUCAUCAUGGCUGUAUCACUGGAGAAAAAACUACAGAAUGCCACUAACUAUUUUCUAAUGUCACUUGCAAUAGCUGAUAUGCUGCUGGGUUUCCUUGUCAUGCCUGUGUCAAUGUUAACCAUACUGUACGGAUACACAUGGCCUCUACCUACAAAGCUCUGUGCCAUUUGGAUCUACUUGGACGUGCUUUUCUCCACUGCCUCCAUCAUGCACCUCUGUGCCAUCUCACUGGAUCGUUAUAUUGCCAUUCGAAACCCCAUCCAUCACAGCCGGUUUAACUCAAGAACUAAGGCUUUUGCAAAAAUAAUUGCUGUUUGGACCAUAUCAGUUGGUAUCUCCAUGCCUAUACCUGUCUUUGGACUACAAGAUGACUCCAAAGUGUUUAAGAAAGGCAGCUGCUUACUUGCGGAUGACAAUUUUGUCCUAGUAGGCUCUUUUGUGGCAUUCUUCAUCCCUCUAACCAUCAUGGUGGUCACCUACUUCUUAACUAUCAAGUCGCUGCAGAACGAAGCUAUGCUAUGCGUGAAUGACAUUGGCCCAAAGACCAAGUUUGCUUCAUUUAGCUUUCUCCCUCAGAGUUCCCUGUCCUCAGAGAAACUCUUUCAGCGCUCUUUGAACAGAGACGUGGGGACUUCUGGGAGGAGAACCAUGCAAUCCAUCAGCAAUGAGCAGAAGGCUUCCAAGGUUCUUGGCAUUGUCUUCUUUCUGUUUGUUGUGAUGUGGUGCCCGUUUUUCAUCACCAAUGUGAUGGCUGUAAUUUGCAAGGAGUCAUGCAAUGAAAAAGUCAUUGGAGGACUACUUAACGUAUUUGUUUGGAUUGGCUACCUUUCUUCGGCUGUCAACCCACUCGUAUAUACGUUGUUCAAUAAAACCUACCGCUCAGCUUUCUCUCGUUACAUUCAGUGUCGCUACAAGGAGGAGAAGAAACCUUUUCAGCUGAUCUUAGUGAACACCAUCCCAGCACUUGCAUAUAACUCCAGCCAGCUCCAGCUAGCACAAAUGAAGAGGUUGAAAAAAGAGGCAAAAAUGAUGGCUAAGGAUUAUUCAAUGGUCACGGUAGGAAUACAUCAUUUGGAUGGCACCUCCAAGGGGAGUAUUAGCCCAGCGAACGAAAAGGUUAGCGGUGUGUGACAGUCAGCAGCUGCCAUGACAACCACCAUGCGUAUGCUGAAAAUUUCAUCCGGCUGUGAGAAGCUC